CACCAUUUUCCAUUUCUCUGAAGCAUCUUCAGUUGCCAGGAUCGCAAUGAGAGGGCUUGUGCUGCUUUGUCUGCUGCCUGCAGCCUUGAGUGAGAUGAACUUUGGCUGGAAUGGACCUGCUUCUACAACGCCAGGCGCAGAACCGAGUCUGGUCCCAGUUUGUAACAGCGGCCAGGAGUCGUGCGGCUGCUGUCUGAUGCAGAAGCAGAUCAACAGGAUGGAGCAGUUCUUUAACUACAGCGUCCAGGAACUGAAAACGCAGCUGAUGAAUUCGAAGACGAACCUUAACUACAUGAGAGCCAGUCGCAGUGCCUUCUCUGUCGCUCUAAACAACGCCAACACCUUGACCUGCUUCGGCCCCUUCGCCAACGACAAACCCAUCAUCUUCAAAAACAUCUUCAUCAACCUAGGAAACAACUACAACGAGCAGACCGGCAUCUUCACCGCUCCCCGCGCCGGCGUCUACAGCUUCUCCAUCAGCAUCUACAGCCUGGCAGCAUCAGGCAAAGCCCAGGCCAGCUGCGCCAGCCUGCGAGUCAACGGCAACGAGGCGGCCCCGCUCAGUGAAAGAAACGGCAAAGACAGGGAAGACAGCAGCACGGCUGUGGCGGCCGUGCAGCUGAAGGCCGGAGACCAGGUGGUGGCCAGUCUGCUGCAGGGAUGCGACAUCUGCGACGACGUCAACCACUACAGCACGUUCACCGGCUUCCUGCUGUAUGCCACUGACAAAGCAUAGCUGUCUGGUACUUUAAACACAGCCAAUCCAGAAGAUCCUAGCCAAGAUUUAGUGACCGUCUCUGUUCCACUCACCAAUAAAUGAUAGUGGUAUCACCCACUUUUUAAUUAGUAAAACCCUUGCCUUGAUGUUGUUUUUCAUGUCCCAAUGUGGCUUUGUAAAUCCAGAACCAAAAGUGUCCUGUCCUUUCAUAACUAUUGCAAUGAUGUGAUUUGACUGUCUGAUGAAUUCUUGUGAACAAAUAAAUGAGACUUUUUAAACCCAAA